ACUGAUUCACGUCGAGCUGAGCCAUUCACAUCGAACGCUGCUUUACACUUCACUUCCUGCCACGAGCGGCGCGCGGCCGUCCGGUUGCUAUUGGCAGCGCCGGGCUGGAGUUCUGAAUCGGAACCUUCAGACUUGUCUCGGACCGGAGCCGAGCACACGGGGGGCGCAGCCGUCCUCGUCCGCAGCACUUGGCUCGGGCCGCCGCCGCAGGCGAACCGAUCCUUGGCCAACAGCCUUCGCUCUGCGACGGGACGGGAGGGGGCCGGAGCACUCCAGUGCGCUGUACAGCGAAGAAAAAGACUCCCAUCUCAAUAAUGGCAUUCGGGGAUUUGGAGACGGGGAUCCGGGCGCUUGCCGUGAUUUUCUUCUCGCUCUCUUGUUGUUCUGGCUUUAACUUGGAUACCAGCCCAUCCGUUUACUCCGGUCCUCAGGGCAGUUACUUCGGAUUUGCUGUCGACUUCUUCACACCUGCCUUGACACAACGGAGUAUUUUAGUUGGAGCCCCAAAGGCGAAUACUUCUCAGCCGGAGAUAGUCGAAGGUGGAGCCGUGUACAAGUGUCCCUGGAGAAGUGGGGGCAGCAGCUGCCAGCAGUACCCUUUUGACAACACAGGUAACAGACGUUUAAACAAGGAUGAGCUGAUGGAAUUCAAAUCCCACCAGUGGUUUGGAGCGUCACUGAGAGCUCAGGAUGAUAAAAUUCUGGCUUGUGCACCUCGUUAUCACUGGAGAACAAUAAAUCGCCCAGAACGUGAACCCGUGGGGACCUGUUACCUUGCCAGUGGAGAAAAGGUUGUGGAAUAUGCACCGUGCCGAUCAGAUAAACCUGAAGCUGAUGGUCAAGGAUUUUGUCAAGGAGGUUUCAGCAUUGACUUGACAACGGCUGGUAGAGUGGUUCUUGGUGGACCUGGCAGUUUUUACUGGCAAGGGCAGUUAAUCUCUGAUGAGAUUCAGGACAUUGUGGAAUUGUAUAACUCAUCACUGUUUAUCACACAAUAUCGGAGUCAAAUUUCAACCCGUGGGGCAAACGCUGUGUUUGAUGACAGCUACCUUGGCUAUUCAGUUACUGUUGGAAACUUCAACAAUGAUUCUAUAGAAGAUUUUGUUACUGGUAUUCCAAGAGGAGCAAAGUCUCUGGGUUAUGUGACUAUUUUAAAUGGAGUUAACAUGGAAUCACUUCACAAUUUUACUGGGGAACAGAUGGCUGCUUAUUUUGGAUACUCUGUUGCUGUUACAGAUAUCAACAAUGAUGGAUUAGAUGACCUGUUGGCUGGAGCACCACUUUUUAUGGUUCGUGGCUCUGAUGGGAAAUACAGAGAGGUGGGACAAGUGUAUAUUUAUUUACAAGACGCUCCAACUAGUUUUAAAAAUUCCAUGAAGCUGACUGGCACAGAGACUUAUGCAAGAUUUGGAUCUUCAAUUACACCUUUGGGAGACUUGGAUCAGGAUGGCUAUAAAGAUAUUGCGAUCGGCAUUCCUUAUGGAGGAGAAAACCGUAAAGGCCUUGUUUAUAUUUAUAAUGGGAAGUCUUCCGGUUUAAAUCCUCGUCCAUCUCAGAUGUUAGAAGGACAAUGGGCAUCUGACAGAAUGCCUGCCAGUUUUGGUUAUGCUAUGAAUGGCGCUGUUGACAUUGACAUAAAUGGAUAUCCAGAUUUAAUUGUGGGAGCUUUCGGUGUUGACAAAGCAGCGGUUUACAGAGCCAGACCAGUAAUUCAUGUGAAUGCUUCAUUAGAAGUCAGCCCAUCGGUGUUGAAUCCAGAAAACAAAAGCUGUACGCUCAGAGACAAUGUGAUGGUGUCCUGCUUCACAGUUACAUUUUGCUUAAGUGCCUUUGGAAAAAAUGCGACAAAGUACUUGGAUUUUAAUGUGGAAUUGCAGUUGGAUAAACUAAAGCAGAAGGGUGCUAUCAAGAGAGCUAUGUUUCUUCAUAGUUCUCUUUCUUCUUAUGAGAAGAAAAUGAAAGUGGAAAAUAAACGAAGAAAAGUUUGUGAAGAAUUACAAGCCUAUCUGAGAGAUGAGACAGAGUUCAGAGACAAAUUAAAUAAAAUUGUUAUCUAUAUGAAAUACAGCCUAGAUUUAACUACUGCAACAAAGAUAAAUGGGCUGCAACCGAUCCUCAAUCAAUUCACUCCAGAUGAUAUUUCCAAACAGGCACACAUCUUAUUGGAUUGUGGAGAAGACGACAUCUGUAAACCUGAUCUUAAGCUCAACGUGCAAGGGGAUCGAAAGCAGCUGUAUAUUGGGGAUGAUAAUCCCUUAACUCUGACUGUAAAUGCACAGAAUGAAGGUGAAGGAGCCUAUGAAGCUGAGCUACACGUUGAACUACCACCUCAGGCAGACUAUGUUGGGGUCGUUCGCAACAAUAAGAGUCUUGCCAGAUUGUCCUGUGCUUACAAGAUAGAAAACCAAACCCGGAUGGUAGUUUGUGAUCUUGGAAACCCUAUGAAAGCAGGAACAAAUCUCUUAGCUGGCCUGCGAUUCAGUGUACACAAGUUACAGGAAGCUGAAGCAGUGGUUGCCUUUAACCUGCAAGUUAAAAGUUCCAACAAAUUCAAUGGGGAGAGUGAAAUGGUGCCCUAUGCAGUUGACAUUGCUGUGCUGGCUCAAGUUGAUAUCAGAGGCGUUUCUUCUCCUGAUCAGCUGUUUUUACCCAUUGCGAACUGGAAAGAAGACCCUCAUAAUGAGGAGGAAGUGGGUCCAUCAGUCAUGCAUGUCUAUGAGUUACGGAAUAAUGGACCAAGUGCUUUUAGCAAAGCCAUGUUUGAUCUGCAGUGGCCCCACAAGUUUAAGGAUAAUUUCUUGUUAUACGUAAUGGAGUACACCGCUGAGGGUCCUAUGAAUUGUACGUCAGACACCAUUAUCAACUCUCUGAAUUUAAAGACAGCAGAUUCUAAGGCAAACCAGUCGUCACCUGCAACUGCAAAACCAGAAACUCGACACCUCCGAAAAAGCAGAAGUACGAAUGAAUUAGAGGGGAUUCAAGUGCUGGAAUGUGGCUCUGCAGAUUGUAUGAAAAUAAACUGUCAGAUUGGCAAACUGGAAAGGGGCAAGAGUGUAGUUCUGCACAUCCGAUCACGAUUAUGGGCUGAAACGUUCAUGCAGAAAGAAAACCAGUCCUACUCCUUGAAUGCUUCAGCAACAUACAAUGUCAUAGAAAUGCCAUAUAAAAACUUUACUGCUGAGCUUCCCUCUGGGUUUAUUGUGGUCACCACUUUAGUGACUUGGGACAAGCCAAUGGCUCCUCACCAGGUGCCAUUUUGGGUAAUUAUACUGGCACUCCUGGCAGGUCUCCUACUUCUAGGCCUCUUGGUACUUAUCAUGUACAAGAUUGGUUUUUUCAAACGUGUCCGACCACCGCGUGAGGAUUCCAUAGAACGGCAGCAGCUUCAGCCGCAGGAAAUGAAUGGAGACGGGACUACAGAAGCCUAGGCACCACUUGCUGUUAAAUAAACUGUCCAAACAAACCUAAACCCUGGACUUGAAGUGAACAACCUAACUAACGUGGUAUGAAAUGAACUGUCAAGAAUGCAGUCUGCAUUAGCAUCUUCAUUUGUAAUGACAUGGUUAUAGGUACAAUUGUUGAGCAAGAGCAAAUAUAAAUUUAGCUUUGCUGGUUCCUACUGAUGUGGUUCAUGUAUUUCAUUGCACUGAGUAGCACUUCAAAAUCUGCAAAAAGCUGCAGGUUUAAAUGAUGAAAUCCUUGGCCACAGUUGCUGGUACACUUGCAGCAAACUGUUUUUCAUUUUAACAUUGGAAGUGCAAUAUCACGAUAGGUUAGUAGAUCCUCACUGAAAAGCAAAUGAUUGUCAUUUAAGAAUAAGACCUCUUAAAUGUACUAAUUGCUUCCAUUUGUGAAUUAACUUUUUUUUGUAAUAUUACCUGUUGCCAAUAUACUUAGAGAAAAGAAAAUGGUUUUACAAUGAGAAUGUAUUUCUAAAAGAAGUCUUGGGAUGUGACUUGAUUGCCCAUAUUGGGUGAAUAGAGAGAAAUGUGGCUUGUAGUUUUGUUGCAUUUUAUUUUGGUUAAUGGUGGGAAUUAUUGAGCAAAUGUACAAUGCACUACAGUGGAGUAUUUUGAUACUACUUGCUGUGGACUCCUCUUACCAGAAACCUUUCUGUUUCUUGGUUGCACUCUUUAGCAUUACAUAACCCAGACUGUCACAGAUUUGUGUAACUUCAUUGAAACCCUAAAUACAAUUCACUGCCCCAUCGGACCAUCACGUAAUGUUCAGCUCACUCUUUUAUUCUUAUUUAUACAGACUGACCUGAGCUGACAACCAAGUUGUAAUGCAAUUGUUUUUUUUUUAAAUUGCUUACAUUUGUGAAGUGUUGAUAAAGCUGUUUGAUUACUAAUGAUAACUAUGCUGCAUUUAAUAAAAAUAAAAUGCACAGAUAUUUUCAGAAUUUGUUUUGAUCAGAAUAUCAGGCAGUCUUUCUGCUUGUAGGUUUUAAUUUUUUUCAUGAAUAAAUGAGUAUUUUGGCAUGUAUCUUAAAAUUUACACUUGUUCUUUUGAUAGCUUAUAUCUAUGGGGUAAUUGUAUUUCAUAGCUUUUUAAAGGGAAUAAAUGGGUUAUGAAUUUCA